GUGCACCUGCCACUGUAUGUGAGAUCCCGUCAUCCAUCGGUCCAUGUCUCUCAUCUAUACUUUUUUACAACUUCUUCUUCCCCUUCCUCCCCAUCGAUCAUUCUUUUACUGUGUCUAUAAUGAGCAUUUCCUCCUACCUCCACCAUUCUCUCACUCUCCCCCCUCCUCUCCUGUCCUCUCCUUCUUACUGUGUACAGAAUUGGAGAAGCUUAUCGCCUAGCAACCACAAUUAAAGUACAACAAGUCAGUGGCGGUAGCAGCCACCACUGGAGCAAGCUUCGCAAACCUUUGCGUGACCAACAGCUUUAUAGAGGAAAAGAGAGAACAUUAGGAGAAAGAAGGAAACAGAGCUGACUAGUUGAAGUUGGACAGGUGAACUGCAAUUAGAGCCACCACUGAAACACCACAGUGAGGACUCUGGCUUUUGGAAGCGAGAGAAAAAGAAGACAGGGAGAGUGGAAUAACGUUAUCUGACUGAGUUCACUGGGUUGGACGCCACAGAGUCUGGGCUCAGCUGAUCGAAAGGAGAACCAGCGUAAAAAGUGUGCUGGCACAGUGGGAACUCAGGGUGACAGAAUGGGAGACACCUGUUGCCAGGAGACAAGCAGCUGUAUAGAAGAACUGGCAGUGACAACAUGGGAUGUCAAGUAACGAGUCGGCAGCAGAAUGAGCGAAAUGAUUUGUUCAGUGCUGUUUCUACUACGUGUUGGUUUAUGGAAGCAGAAACGUGAAUGAGCAUAGGGUCAGAGUCAGGGAUCUCCAAAUUUACCCAUCGUCUAUCCCUCAAAGAGCGUCCAGCCAAAGCAGAGAAGGCUUCCUCAUCCUACAGGAGACGAUCGCUUAGUGUGGACUGGGUUGACUCUGCCAAGAUGACGCAGCCCAUGAGGGGGGACAAGACCCACCAGCCACCCCAGGCCCGCAAGUCAGCCAGUCUGUCCUCGCCAAGCGCAGCUCGCCGUCUUUACCGCAACUUGUCUGGAAAGUUCCGAGUGAGCACCAACCCCCCUGCUCUGGAGGACAGUGUGGUGUCAGGACGGGGAGGGGACAAAGAGAGGCUGCGCAAAACCACCAUAUUCCAGAGUAAUGAAGCUUUGUUUGAGGCAGUAGAACACCAGGAAUUGGAUUUAGUACAACUGCUUCUGUCCCAGUACAGUCUGGAGGAGCUGGACCUCAACACCCCAAAUAGUGAGGGUCUCCUGCCCCUCGAUAUCGCCAUCAUGACCAACAAUGUGCCCAUGGCCAAGAUAUUACUGCAAGCUGGUGCCAAGGAGAGCCCCCACUUUGUGAGUCUGGAGGGCCGUGCAGUGCAUUUGGCCACCUUGGUGCAGGAGGCUGAGCAACGGGUGUCGGAGCUUCAGGCCCAGGUGCAGAGCGAGGGUCCUAGAGAGCGGGAGGGAUCUGACCAGGAAAGGCAGCUAAAAGCCUGGGAGUGGAGGCUCCGGCUAUUCCGACGAAUGCAGGCGGGCUUUGAGCAUGCUAACCCUCCAGACAUGCCCAGUGGAGUUCACCUGUCUGUCAGCAGCAGCACCAGUCUAAGGGUGGACUUCCAGGAACCUCUUUGUGUCAGCUCAGCUGUGGUUACCAAGUACAAAGUGAGCUGGAGCAGUGCUCCAUCCUUCAGUCCUUUGUUGGGUGAGAUAGUGGUGGAGGACACCACUCUCCAACAGUGCAACAUCACUGGACUCACUUCUGGAACCUAUUACUAUGUCCAGGUGUCAGCCUACAACAUGAAGGGCUGGGGGCCUCCAGUUGUUUCCACCCCUGCUUGCGCUACACCUUCCAGUUGGAGGGAUGUAGAUGGCCGCACUCCACGUCUGAGUGGCCAGAAGGAAGUACUAGACCAGCUACUUGGACAGAUAAAAGAAGCUCAUCACCACUGUGCCUGCCAUGAACAGUGCAAAGCUCCCGCACAAGGCAGGAAGCACUCAGUAUCGAAAAGCCUGCGCCACCUUUUUCAACCCACCAGCAAAUUUGUUAAAAGCUUGAAAAGAGGUCUUUACCUGACAUCCAUAUUCUACAGAGAUGACAAUGUGUUAGUGACUCCAGAGGACCAGAUUCCUAUUGUGGAGGUUGAAGAUUCCUACUCCAGCUCCCUUAUGCAGGACUUCCUCUGGUUUACCAAGGUUUCCUAUCUAUGGGAGGAGAUUCCAUGGCUUCAACAAUGUCUCAGUCUGUCACAUUCGUCCUGUUCCUGCACUCUGCAGACACGCCUCAAGAUGCUGCAGGCUGUCUCUCAGCUACAGGGAAUGCUGGGAACCCAGGACCUUGGCCAAGUGUAUUUUGAGCCAAUCAAAGACAAGCAUGGCAAUGUCCUGCUGGUGCUUCUCAAGGAUAUGAAUGCCUGUUCCAACCUGGAUGGGGUGCGUUGGACACAGCUUUGCAAACUCCAGCUCCAGCGCAAGUCCAUCUCGUCCCCUGAAGAGCCUACUGCCUUGGAUAUGCUCCUCAUCACGCUCCACGAGAAGCUGGCAUAUCACAGGCGGAGCAGGAAGCUGUUGUCUCCAGGCUUGUACCUAGGCUACCUGAAGUUAUGUACAUCAGUGGAGCAAAUUCGAGUAUUGGUGCCCCAGAAACUCCCCAAUGCCCUGUGUCACACCAAGAUUCGGGACAACAGUAAUGUUUCCAGAGAGGAGUGGCAGUGGCUGCAGGCCCUCAGCUCUCUGGAGGAGUCGUUGGAAAUGGACCAUGACGUACAGAGUGCUCCACAUUGCCUCCUACAGGACCUGCGUAGUGCCAUAAAGGAGCUGAUGGCCCACAUCAAUGUCCCUGGCAAUCAGGCACAGGACUUCCGAAUCUACAGUCAGGAAGUAUUGGAGUUUGGGGAGAAAGUGUCCUUCCUGCUCCUCCUGCCACCUUCAGAUGAAGUGUGCACAGCCCCUGGUCAAAAUAAUCCUUACUCCCCCCGCUCUGGCUUCCUCACCCUGCCCUUGCAGAUCUUUGAACUGGUCCACUUUAAUGCCUAUUGCCCCAGUUUCAUCGGCCAGUACUGCAGGGUGUCAGCUUUGCUGGAGCUGGAGUCCCUGAUGGCCCAGCAGGCACUUAGGGAGGCCUUCUCUGAGGCUGAGCUCCUUGCUGCCAAAAAAAAGCAUCAGCAGGUCCAAGAACACAUACAGCAAAUGGAGGAGGUGUGGCGAGAUGCCAGGUGGAUUACUGAUGCCUUGCAGUAUGCCCGCUACAAGCAGCCAACAGGAGGCAUCUCCAUAAGCUGGAUAAUUGACUUCUCCAAAGAAGUAAUGCCCGACAAGCCUCCCUCCACCUCCUCUCAGCCCUCCCCCAUGCCUUCCCCCGAACCCUGCCGCAAGCACUCAGAUUUCCCUGGACUAUCAGAUGAGGAGGGCUCCUCUGAGGUCUUCCUCACCACCGACAGUGAUUAUGACUCCAGUCGUGCUCAGAGCCCCCGUGAGCUGGACCUGCUGCCCUCCUCGCCCUUCUCAUCCUCUGCACCCCUGGAGCCUCGCGGCUUCCUGCGUAGUGACGGAAGCAGCUCAGGAGGAGGAAUGUGUCUCGGUGGGGGUGGACGCGGAGGGGGGGUGCUAAGGGAUUCCACCCCAGAUGUCCUCCAGGCCUCAGAUCCACAGCAUGGGAGGGAAAGCGAGAGGCGUGGAGCAGGGGGAGGUGUUCGGUGUGGAGGAGAAAGGCGGAGGGGUGCCCCAGAGCUGUUUGACAGUGACUUCAUCCUCCCCAGCAGACAGAUCGAGUUGUUGCACAUUACAGAAAAGCGUCAGGCCUUCUGUGUUAGAACCAGCAGCUUGGAGUUCCCUUCCACCACCUCAGCCCACCACCGGCCUAACUCCUACCACACUACAUGCCCUUCACCCACCACCUCGCCACAGCAAAGGUGGCACAGACCUUCGUCAGUGGAUCGCUGUUGUUCUGCUGAGCGCUGCCUAUCACAGCUUCCACCAGUGCGUACGUUAUCAGAGGACAGCGGCACCCAGAGACUCUCCUCACCGUCACUUGCUGCCCUCAGGAAAGGCUGUCAUGCCACACUCAGAGUGUACCCACAGUAUUGCACAGGCCUGCCAAAGGAGACCAGUGUUAAGCUUUGUGUAACUCCAGGCACAUCAGCACAGGAGAUGGUCCAACUGGUGGUGCAGGAGAUGAACGCUGUGUCUUGGCGCGUGCUCGGUGGCAGCAGAGGGGGCAGUGAAAGGGAGCAGUGUGUCUACUACAGUCCUGACCAGCUGCAGCACUUUGGCCUUGUGCUGGUUCUGGACAACAAAGAAAAGUGGCUUCAGGAUGAUUUCUGUCCCCUGGAGCUUCAAAACCCCUGGCUGAGGGGCAAGCUGUGUGUACGCAUUAGGGAGUAUUCGCCACUAGCGCUCAAACACAGCCGGGCCACCACAGUGUGAUACUUCCAGGAGAGAGAGAGACUUCAUGUCAUGUGCAGAUUCUGUUUUGAUAAAUGUGUAAUGAAUUUAAAAGCUGUUAGAUUUAUACAAACUGUCCGCAGGUUCCCAAAUGCCACACUCAUUUCUCUCUCACUGUGGUGUUACUGUCCACAACUGCAGUGAUAAUAUGUUACCAUAGUUUCUGUUGUGGUCUUCUUAUCUGAAAUCUUACCCCAAGAUUUGUUUCUUUGACAUGCAUUCUCCCAUACAUAAGACCUUCUUUAAUCAGAGACCAUCAUAUAGACACCAAAUGAACAAUAACAAAGUGGAACAAAAAGAAAACAGUUUUUUGUGCCUGUCAGAAAUCCCUGGGAAAGAGAUUGUGUUGGUGAGAUUAAUGGAGGGAUGCUUGGACUUCUGGCUUAAUUGAUGCCAGCACUUCAGGCUGUGUACACUGCCAGUACAACACGGGCAGCGCCAUCACUUCCCCAGCCACACACAGACACAGCUUUUCCUAUGAACUCUCUCAUUGUGUCAUUCCCAAACAUCUGUCGGCUGCAGCCACCGGCCCCAUGUUCCCAGGAUAUGGGUUCUGGACUCGGCCCAGAUGGCAGGAAGGAAGGGAGAAGUAACGAAGGGAGGGCUGGUGUCUCUGCUUGAGGACGCAAUCGGCUUGACAAUUUGGCCUGUCAACCUGUCACUCAACUGCUCCUGGGCACUGUACUGUCUGGUAGCGAAGCAGCCAAGCAAAGGAGAGAGAGCUUGACAGAGAGUGAGAGAGGGAGGAGGGUGGAGGCUGCAUCUUCUUAACCUGGCACUGACUCUCUGGUGCACUUUUUCUCCUUUUUGCAGCAAUAAAUCCUCUGUAUAGUGGACCCAGUUGUAGCAUAGCCCCUAAUAUCAUCAUGCCAUCUUGUCAAGUACCACAAAAUAAAAACCAGCUAAUUUGGAUUUUCAAAACAGAGAAUAAAAACAGGCAAUACUUGACUUUUAAAGUUUUUGCAAUCUCUGGAAAAAGCAUGUAAACCUUCCAGAUUUGUGCUGAGUACAUCUGAAGUAUUGUUAUUAUAUUGUGCUAAACGUUAACCAGUUCAGUGUUUUGUUAUUUUUUUCAGUGGUAUUUGCAGGUGCAUCAGAAAAUGGUGCCCACCAGUCUACAGCAGGGUCUCCCAAAGGGAUUCAAGUGUGAAAGGGAUGACUCAAAUUGGUAAGAGGCCCAGGAUUUGUCAGCAAAGCCACAUAUUAUACUUCAAAAUGUGGAGUACACAAUAAACUCAAACUAAAACUAAAACUUCAAACUGUGUGUACACAAUAAAUUGGGCCUCUAACCAAUCUACUUUGUCCUUUUUAGCUAAUUUUUGGGAACCUGUACAUUGUUUACACUGAAUUCCACAUCUCAUACGUGCAUAAACUUGAAGCUAUCUCAUGCUUUGUUUUCUGACAGUUAUUUUUCAGCCUACAAUUCUUCCUGUUCUAUACCAGUGUAACAACCUGCAUCAUUUCCAAAUGUAGCACCAGUAAAGUCCACAAGAGGAGCGUGUGAGGAGUGGAGUCAGGUGACCAGGCCUCAGUUACUGUAGCAUUCCAGGUUCACAGGAUCAAGUUGAACCUACAGUGGUGUCUCAAAGUGUUUACAAAGUUGAGUUCCCUAACACCUUCAAAGAUGUGUUUACAUGUUACAGCUGUAUAAAUAUGUUCUUAAGACAAACUGGUGUUAUAAUAAUGUAAUUGGUUUUACUGAUGGCUUGAACUUGUAUUAGCGCUUAGAUGUGUUUUUUUAUUCGCAUUGUUAAAAGCGAUUUUUAUCAGGGCUAACUGCAAAAACAAAACCCACAACCAGAAACUGAACCCUGUACAUAGACAUUCAAGACCAGAGGAGGAAUGUACUGUAUCUGUCCUAAAUGUGAAAGUAAGUGAAUGUGGGGCUGUCAUCACUGCAGAGGUCAAAGGGCAGUGAAGCUAUUGGCAGGAGUCUGCCACCAGAUUAUGCUGAAGGCGAACAUGGGGUUUAAAUUCCCUUUCUAGUCAAAAAAUAAAGCCUCAUGUUUACAUAGAGCUGUCAGCAGAUCCAUGAGGCAAAGUCAUGAAGGAGACAUCACGUCACUCUUUUAAAAUCUAUUUUUAUGGAACAAUAAAUGAAAAUUACAAAAUGAAAGCCUUGGU